AUGGUCGAGCUCGCCAACCUCCUCGCCGACCGCCACGCCGCCCUCUCCAUCUCCGUCCUAAUCAUCACCACCACCUCCUCCACCGCCGCCGUCCCCCACCCCGCCGCCCCUCGCAUCACGCUCCUCCACCUCACCGACGAGAACCCACCCCCCGCCGCCGCCGCCGGCAGCGUCUUCGCCAAGAUCGAAGCACGAAAGCCCCAAAUCAGAGAAGCCGUCUCCGCCGCAAUCGGCCGCUCCCCCGACGGCGCCCGACUCGCCGGGCUCGUCCUCGACAUGUUCUGCACCUCGAUGGCCGACGUGGCCGGCGAAUUCGGCGUCCCCUACUACAUUUUCUUCACCUCCGCCGCCUCCGAUCUCGGCUUCAUCAGCCACAUCCAGCAAUUGCACGACGAGUCAGGGUUCGACGUCGCCGAGUUCGAGGGGAACGAGUUGGCCGUCCCGAGUUGGGCCCGCCCAAUUCCGCGCUGGGCUUUCCCGCCCAACAUCGUCAACAAGGAAUGGCUCCAAUUGCUGUACCGAAUCGCCCGAGUUUUCAGGCGAGCCAGGGGCAUUUUGGUCAAUACGGUGAGGGAGCUGGAAUCCUGCGCGGUGGAUUCUCUCUCCUUCACUAAAGUGCAUCCGGUGGGACCCAUUCUGAACUUGAAGGCCGGUGCCGCCGCCGCCGCCGGCGGCGGCGGAGUACCGGAGGAGGAGGCGAUUGAGUGGCUGGACCGGCAACCGGAGUCGUCGGUGGUGUUCCUCUGUUUCGGGAGCAUGGGGGCGUUCCGCGAGGAACAAGUGUUAGAGAUCGCCAAUGGGCUGGAGGCCAGUGGGCUGAGGUUUCUGUGGGUCCUGCGCAGGCCUGGGCCGGAGGGGACGCGGGCCGGCCCAACGGACUACCAGGACGUCAGGGAAGUUCUGCCGAAGGGGUUUGUGGAUCGGACCGCGGGGGUUGGGAGGGUGAUGGGAUGGGCCCCACAGACGAUCAUUUUGGCCCACAAGGCGGUGGGAGGGUUCGUGUCGCACUGCGGGUGGAACUCGACGCUGGAGAGCCUGUGGUUCGGGGUGCCGAUGGCGACGUGGCCGAUGUACGCGGAGCAGAAGUUAAAUGCGUUCUUGUUGGUGCACGAGCUGGAGAUAGCCACGGAGAUCAAGAUAGAUUAUCGUAACGGAGAAAUCGUGACGGCGGAGGAAGUCGAGAGAGGCGUCAGGAGGUUGAUGGAGAGAGAUUGCUCGAGGGAGGAGAGGCUGAAGAAGUUUAGUGACUGUAUCAAGAAGGCGCUGAUGGAUGGUGGCUCUUCGUCGGCUUCCAUUGCUGAAUUUAUUGAAGGAUGCAAGAGUAGUGGUGGCAUGUGAUUCUGACUAGCUAGUAGUUGUCCUUUCGACAAAUAUAGCUUCAAAAAAUUCCGAUUAGAGAGAGAGAGGAAAGAAUUCAGUACAUCGAUUGUUGACGCAAGAUUAGUCACCCAACUGCUAGCAAACCAACAUAA